UUGACUUUGAAGUUUUGGUAUGGAAUGGAUGGUCCAUUUUUAGUUCCAAACAAAGUAAAAACGCUCAAAAAUGUGUUUAAGAUAGUUUGUAGUGUGAUAAGUGACCGAUUUUAACCGUGUGAUAAGAGACAGUUGUGGGAUAGACUAGAUAACGUGAAAAUUUUGUGCUUGAGUACUGAUGGUGUAACCAAAAAGUCGCUUCAAAAUGGACGCACGCAUUCAGCCCCAAAGUUCCAUUUGUAGUGACUCAAAUUGGGAGGAAACCGCGGGAAAUGACGUUGCACCCAUAAAAAGCAACCGAAGGAUAUGUUUGGUUGGGACUUUGGCCAGCGAUACAGCCCUUCGGACUGUUGCAGAAUCCUUCCGUGUGCCGGUUAUCACUUCAAAAGACGGAGAAGAUUGUGCUCAAGAUGAUAGUUUUAGUACUGUUUUUAUAUUAGAGAGUUUUGAAGGAGAUGUAUAUAAUUGUUUAUAUAAACAGAAACAGUCCCUUUUGGGACCUUUGGCUUUGCAGCAGCUAGCCAACAAGAAUGAACCACUUCCAGAUAACACAAGGCCCCUUUUUAACCUGGCGAUGACGGGGGUCGUUGUCUGUUUUACAGGAUUCAGGAACAAAAGUGAUCUGGCAACAUUAGUACCAUUAAUCCAUCAUAUGGGUGGUUCCAUCAGGAAAAACAUAAGCGAGAAAGUGACGCAUUUAAUUGCCAACAUUUGUAAUGGAGAAAAAUAUCGUUACGCUGCUGUAUUUCGAGUGCCUGUGAUGAAUCCAGAAUGGGUCUAUGCAAGUUGGAAGAAAAGACAUGAUAUUAAUUUUAGUGCAACGGUGGACGCAUUUGUGACUGAAUUCAAGUUGAAGCCUUUCCAUGGUGCUAAAGUGUGUUUCGUUGGAUUUGCGGAAGAUGAGAAAAAACACAUGACUGAUAUUUUGUUGUCAAAUGGUGGCACUGUGACUAGUUUAGACGAUCCACAAUGUAGCCACGUGGUAAUGGAACGUUCAGAAGUCUGCACACUUGAAGCCGCUAGUGCACCGCUUUCUCCCACUGAACCUGUCAAUCCCUCUAUUCCCGAUCCUCCUGACCAUCUAAAUUAUCACGGCUUUCUCGAAACAUUACAUGAAAAAUCUCGCGAUAGUUGUCUCGACGAUUCAAACUUGGCUACCUCCGAGUUUUCUUCAGGCAGUCGUAAACGAAAGAUCUCAUCGACGGAGACCGAGUCAUCCGUGAAAACCAAACGAAGAAAAGAUAAAUGUGCCAGCGAGCGAAAGAGAAAAGUUUCCGGUAUUUUCAAAACGCCGCUCAACUAUUUAUCGAAUCGUCGACGUACAAUCGACGCGUUCAGUUUUAACGAAACCUUAAAUCAGAGUGUCGUUUCUAGUUCGGGUGUGUUUAAUGUUGAUACGAUUGAGAAUUUAAGCGUUUUGAAUCAGAGUCAAUUUACGCCACAAUCGAGCAAUAAACAGAAAAAGAAUCUGUUUGCGCGUACUUUUAGUUCGUCCAAGUUUAAUCGCAGCAAGUUGAAGAAAUGUAAUUUGAAUGCGACAAGGCUGUCGUUUAGUGAAGUUUCCGAUAAUGAUGGACAUGAACCUCUCAAUGCUAGCUGUUUCCCGAAUAUUUCCCUUAAUCCUGUACCACAUAGUGAGCUUCGCGGUGAUUGUACCAAGGACGCACGUGGACCUUCUGUGCCUACUAUAUCGGUCGUUGAUGAAUCCUCGGUGGCCGAAAGACCCGAAACAACGUCACCUAAAGUUUUCCUAGUGAAAGCCGAAUGGUUUUGGACUUCAGUACAAAAAGAGAUUUGUCUAGACGAGAAAGAGUAUCUAUAUGAUGACUAUGUCGAACAAACGUUUUCGCCGACUCGAAGAGAAUCGCAUCAAGCGACACCAAGUAGCGCCAGUAGACGGAAACGUAAACGUUUACAUGAAGCUGUGUUGUCGUUGACACAUCAGCAAUCACCAGGUUUGCAUAAGCGACGCUCUUCAGUAAGUGAUGCAGGACUGUUGUCAGUGUCUGGUUCUUUCUUAGACUGCACCGCCAGUCCAGAUAAAGCUUUAACCGAUGGUACGGAAUCGUCCAUUGAUACGCCAAGGAAAGGGUUGACUGCCAGGCAGCAGGUUUUCCUGGAAUUGGUUCAAACCGAAUCUAAUUAUGUUGAUAUUCUGCAUACCAUCAUAACCAUGUUCAAAAAACAUUUAGAAGAAAUGCCUGAAGAGGAAGCUUUGCUCAACAACACCGAAUUGAAUUUGAUUUUUGGUAAAGUACCAGCGAUAUACGAGACACACAUGAAAAUGCGCGACGAGUUGCGAUGUUUUGCAUCGUCUUGGUCUGAAGACCACACGAUAGGCAGUAUUAUUGUGAAAUAUUCGAAAGAUCUGCUCAAGGCCUAUCCACCAUAUAUUAAUUACUUUGAAGAAAUGAAGGAAGUUUUAACAAAAUGUGAUCAAAGCAAGCCACGAUUUCAUGCUUUCCUGAAAGCAUGCCAGACAAAACCGGAAUGUGGUAGACAGAGUUUACAGGAAUUGAUGAUACGACCUGUACAACGAUUAGGAAGCAUUUGUUUGUUACUUGCAAAUCUCCUGAAACAUACGCCGAAAUCCAAUCCAGACCAUGCUGAACUCCAACGAGCUCUAGACGGUUUAAAAGAAGGUAUGGAUCUUAUAAACGAAGAUAAGAGAAAAGCUGAAGCUCAAGUGGCCCUUUUCAACAUGUUUAACGAUAUUGAUAAUUGCCCACCGGACAUCGUAUGCUCCCAUCGGAAGUUCAUAGCAAAAGCGGAAGUGAUUCAAGUGUCAACAACUGAAGGUCUUUCAAGCAAAGGCAACUCUUUGGUCCUCUUCCUCUUCUCCGACUUAGUGGAAGUGUGUAAAAAGAAGUCAAAGACGUUUAAUAACGCCAAAAGCCCCACUGGUAGUGUCAACAGUUUGCAAAGGCCGAAAUUGUACAAACACGUCAAAUUACUGCCAUUAAAUACGAUAAAAAAAGUUAUUGAUAUUAAAGAAACCGAACAGUGUCAGAAAGUAUUCUGUUUCGUUUGUCGGAAUAACGACGAGUUGAAAGAGAGAGUGUAUUCGUUUGCUAUGCCGGAUGAGGAUGCCGAUAAAGCAGGGUUCUUGAAAACCUUGACGAAGCAAAUGGCAAAUAACGCCUGCACACCUGAUGCCGAUAAGUUUCUGGCUUAUUUGGAGUCGCAUCAGUUGGAUAUAGACACUAGUGAUAUGAACAAAGGAACGUUAAAUAAAGCGUUUAAAUUUGCGUCAAGGACAAAGUUGAAGGUGGGACGGGCUUUCUCAUUCAAUAAAACGCCUUCGAAAUUGAAACGUGCGGUAUCUUCAAUGAUGUCUCCGUUUGGCAGCUCAACAGACUAUCUACACACGACAUAAGAAAUAAUUUCGGCGAAAUUCUUCGUCAGGUUGUUGCAAAAUCAAUUCAUAUGCGGCUGGCACUGAAAAUGACAGCAUCUUCAUAAUAUAGUAUUUAUUGUAAUUUUAAUCUUUUUUCUAAAUAUUUUAUGAUUUGUAAAAACAUAUUAUAAUAAAAUAUUUAGAUGAUUUUAUCCAAAAAAAAAAAAAAACAAAAACUCAAUUGCAA